AUGACAUCAACCGUAUUGGCACAAAUUACGGAUGAAUUGAGUACAAAUCUAUCGUCAGACAGGGAAUUAUACCUUCUGAAGUCGGCCCAUCGAAUAAUCGAUAAAAAUUUGACUGUUAAUGUGUUAACAGAUAGAAAUGAUACUUACCACCGCUACGUACAUCGAUUAAUGAAUAUCACAUUUAACAGUUUGGAAAAAAAUAAUGCGGACAUCAGAUUAGCAGCAGAAGCAUACUAUGAACAUAUUCUGAAAGCGUACGAAUGCUAUGGAUAUCCAGAAACAUCACUAAAAUUAGUGGCUAUCAGCAUAGAAAGGUUGAUUGGAGCUCGACAAGUGACAAAAGUAAUGAAAUACUUGGUGUACUAUCUGGACCUUCUCCCGAAGCAACGAACACCCGAAAAAAGUGGUCGUACACUCCACCAAGAAGUCGUCAAAACCUUGAUUCUUCGAAGUUUAGAGAUAAAUCAGACAAUUUGUCAUCAGGCAUUAGAGAAAUCUUGCGAUAAACUGGUUUCUGCGGUGAUAUGGCAAAUUGUGGAUUUAAAAGAGAUAGCUGACAAAGUGCUUCAAAAGCUGUGGACCACGAAAGGACAUGCAUCGAGAACAAUGGCAGCUUUGCUUGGAGCACUUAUGAUUGAAUCUAAAGAAACUUUCAAGCCUAUGUUUCAUGCUCACGUUGAGAAAGUUAUCGAAUCAUAUGUCAACAACCAAACAGUUCCAGUAGGAGCAAUCAGUUUGAUCAAGAGAAGUUUAGUCUAUUACGCCAAUGGAUUAACUGAAACUACUUUGAAAGGAUUAACGGAAAUGUUGCUUCUUAUAAUCAGAGAUUCAUCAAACGAAGUAGCUUAUGAUGCAUUUGCUGCCCUUGAAGAACUCAUUAAAACUGAAAACAACCAAUUGAAUGCAUUUGUGCCUGGUUCAUUCUUGAAAACUACGUAUGGAGACAACACGGUGGAAAUUGAAGAGCCGAGUGAACCAUCAGAGUUUGUCGACCCUCUGGUGAAUGCCGAUUUGUACGAUCAGUUACAAGAAACGAAACCUCCUGCAAAAGUUGAUUUGGUUCUAGAGGAAUUCGAAAAAAUAGUUGUAAACGAGACACCAUCAGUUAUCAACUAUGUUGCUGCUUUUCUCGGAAAAACAUUUUUGCUCACUGGUCUGGGAAAACUAUUAAAAACUGACCGACAAUCUAAGGAUUCUAUGAAAAUUCUUGCCAUACGUGUGCUGAACGUCAUUUGCGCUAGAAGACCACUAGAAACAUUUGUUGUGCGUGUUGGUGACAAAACUCAACGUUUGGUGGAUAUUAUUGAGUAUUCUACAUCAACCGACGAUCAGCUUUCUCAACAAGCAAUCAAAUUUAUGUUUUUGGUGUUGAAACGUGGAACUCAUCUAGAUGAGUGUCUUUCCGUGUUUAAAUCUGUGAAGAAGUAUAGAUACCUGCUGGACUCUGUUACUGUGGAGCAUAUUCUUCAUCUCCAUGGAACGGAACUAUUUGAGUUCUUGGAAAUUAUGGCGUUCCGUUCGGUACUGACCACACGAUACGACCUCAGCAUACCCGAAAUCACAAGCGCAUGUGGUUUCAUGAGAGUCAUCAGAGACGGGAUCCAAAAGAACAAAAUGGAAGAUGAUGCCGUUAGUGGGAUGAUAACAAAAUUUCAAGACGCCUUGAAAAGAUGUAUCAUCGACUGCUGGGACUCCCCAAGAUUUGUGAAUGCUGUUCCUACGUUUUUGAGCUGUUGUGGGAAUGAUGUAAUAUUAGAAGAUCUGUAUCCUCCUUCACUACCACUCAGAUUAAACCUUAUAUCCGGAAAACGACCAAAUCAAAAAGCUGACAAUCUACAACCUAACAUUUACGAUGAUUGGAGGACAAUACUCAUUUCUGAAACUUUGAUGUCGACGACCGUAAAAAUGGAAGGAAUUCUGCGUGAGAAUGUGAUCAGUCCAGAAUAUACACAUGAAAAGGUUGCUCAGUUAAGUAGAAUGCAUUGGAAUUCAGACACCCUUCCGGCUAUCCUCCAAGUAAUGUCCGUAUCUCUGACGGAUUCACCAACAAAAGAGGAGUGUUACCACGGAUUUCAUGUUGGGAUGUCAAUUUUGAAUUGGAUAUACAGAAACGUGUUUAUCGUGAGAGGAGCAGCGGAAACAAAAGAAUUUACGUUUCUACAACACUCUCGAAUAGAAAUGGAUGAUGCGCUCGGGAACAGAACAGAGUUCAGGGCAACACUGGACGCAUAUUACCGGAGCGUACAAAGUUCUGCUGACGAGAAGCUAGAGCAACUUUUGACACCGACAAUCAACUUGAUGAUGGCUUCUAUGGCGAACAACUUCAGAACAUCUACUGAAAAUAUUCUAGAAAUAAUUGUGUACAUAAAAGUACUGUUCACACUGUCCUCGUUAUCAGCCCUGAAACUACUUCAUGCUUUGUUAAGAAGUCUGCUAGACCCGAAACUUGUGGAAUCACUGACAAGAGGAAGAGUAUUUUAUUUUGAGUCUUCAAACACCAUAUCGUUCAAUGACAACGAUGAAUUUUUGGUAGAGGCUUUGAAAUGUAAAGGAAACAAGUACUUUAAUCGCUGGGGAGAUGAUAUGGAUCUGGAAAAUGUGAAAAUGGGAUUUAUGACAGCAACCAUUAUGGAACAGCUUGAACCACUGAUUACUCGUAGUCUCAAAUGUUUCCGCUUCCGUGGGCGAUUCGAGAAGGAACAAGUACUGCAGAUCAUGAUUUGUCUAAUGAAUCAUAAACUGAAAUUAUCGGACGCAGACCCAACAGAAUGUCUCAUGAAACUAACAAUUUCGGCGUUUGCCAGACCGGAAGAAUGCGCUCAUCCCGAGUUGUAUGAAACCAUGAUGCAUUUUCUGGCUACCGCUACAAGAUUCCAAGUUGAUGAGUCAUAUCAGAAACCAAUCACUGCUGCGACAAUGUUGAUGAAAUCGAUCGAAAAAAUAUCUGAAGAAAAUAUACCACAUGCAAUGAAAGCAGUGAGUUUCGCAUUACUAAAUGGAAGAUUUGAAACAAAUGAAGCCAAGGAAUUCUUGAAAACAAGUCAAUCAACAUGGGACAUUUGUAUGACAUACGCUCCAACAGAAACAUUGUAUUCGUUGUCGCUAUUAUUGGAAAAGAAAAAAGACCAUAUUGCCAACGAAGGACUGUUUUGGUCAGUUGUCUCAAAAUGGAUGGGUGACGAUAUCUAUCACGCACAACGUGUGCCUUUUUCUGCAGUUGCAUUGCCACUUGCAUUAAUAACUGAUUACCUAAUAAGCGAUGAUGUUAAAGUUUUCGAAACUAUUGACGAUUGGAUUCAGCAGAAAAAUACUAAGAACAUAGAUGCGAAAUGUGCUCUGAUUGCGGUUUUUUACUUCUCAGCACAAGAAAACAUGGGUGACACUGACUGGAAAACGUACAUUCAAUAUGUUCUCGAUGCUGGAAAAAACACAAAAGCUGCAGAAUAUCUUUUAAAGUACGCAGACCAAUCGCUGAUUUGUGAGAUUGAAGAAGAAGAUGAUUUUGAAAACGAAUUGAGAGGAACCAGCAUCUCUGCCGUAGAAGAAUUGCUAGGGAAACAUUUCUGUGGUUCUUAUCAGGAUCUUUGUCAUUCAAUUGUGUGCCUUGGCAAAACUGCUGUUAUUGAUUUCAUAGAUCUCGUCGAGAGGGAAUAUCCAGAUGAUGAUGCAAUGUGGGCACUAUUGGUCGCUGAGUUUAGAAGACUUGAUGAUGAUUUGGAACAUCGGCUUGACAUCACUUUCCGCUUACAAGACUUGGCAGAGCUACUCGCGGAACGAUUCAACACUGACGUAUAUCUAAAACUGUUAGCCAAUACAAAGAAUGCAAAUCUUGACCUGGGUUGUCUUAACAUCACCCAAAUCAAAUUUAUUCUCGACCAAGUAACAUCAAGCUGCACCGAUGAUGGAUAUGUACUGCGAGGAGUGCAAAACUUGAUAACCCAUCCACGGAUGUUUCAACUUAUUUCGGAAGAUGAACUGGGAACGGCAGCAAUUUUCAUAAAGUUAGCAGAAAAAGUGACUGGGAUAGUUGUCACAGAUGCGUUAUUGGCGUCAUACAGUCAAUAUCGUGUAGAUUUUCAUGUGAAAGGAGAUAUGGACGAUAGACGAAUCAAAGAAAUAAAGAAUCUCACUCUGUCAUUGUUUGCACUCUGCCAGGAAACCAAUCUAAGAAACCAAAAAAGAUUGACAAAAACACAAUCAGCUUGCUUCCGACAUCCGGUUCUCAACUCUGUGUUCAACAUUCCAUUAGUUGCAAUGAAAUGUUUUAAUUGGAUCCCUGUUGUUGAGAUAGUGAGAAAGCCGACAAUAACCUGUCUCCCACCAACGGGACAUGUUUGCGAUGUGAUUGUUUUGGAUGAUAUGAGAUCACGACUCGCUAAAGUCGGUCUCGUGACAAAUGCUCAGUUUGAAGUGCUGUUCACAACCAUGCAAGCUGUAAUUGCUCAUACAGUGAUUGGACCUGAGAAAUUGGACCAUGACUCAAAAGAUGCUCAAGAGAGGGAAGCAAGAAGUUGUAAUGCUCUUCAACUCUAUAUUGCUACAAUUUUGAAUUCAAUGAAGUACCCCAAUGGAGGUGACCCGUUGUCAGGAUUUGUGCUCAAGUCUCCAUAUUUAUCCGAAUUGUUUUUACAAAGCACCGAAUAUGCCCAUUUGUGUAAUCUGAAGAGUGUGUGGAAGUGUGAGCCACGAACUGCAUUUACCACUCCUCUUGAGAAACACGACCAGAAAAUGUGGAAACAUUGUGACGGCAAAACGCGGCUGUAUGGCAUAUGUCAGACACCUCUGUUCUCACUAUGGCAACUUUGUGGAAUGAUGCCAAUUGAGUUCAAACAACACGCAAAUUAUCACAGAAUUGAUCAUAGUGCUAGCAAUUAUUUUCUGACAUCUGCUACCAACAUUGACACAAUAUCGAAUGUGAAGCAACUGAUGAAUAUUUUCGAGUACUGGUACAGCCAAGGGAUUGCAGAACUUGGUGAAGCACUGCUAUACACUAUUCUUCAAACAGUUCUACAUCUCUCUGAUUUCUUCGAUGACCCCGAUCUCCAUAAGGCAGUGCUCAGGACAACAUCCAUCAUAUAUAGACAUGAAUACGACCAAAAUCCAUUUCUAUCAUCCUUUGUUCAUGUGAUGUUCCUCAAAUCAAUAUCAGUACUAGGAACAGAAAUGCAUAGCGCUGAGUUCAAACCAGGAGAACCUGAAGCAAUUGCUUUGAAGUUGGUGUCAUCUGGUUUGGUGAAUGAUAUAAAGAUGGUCAGAGUGCAUACACUUGCGGGGUUGCUUUAUCUUGUUCAAUCCGAUUCAUUUGAGUCAUAUAUGCCAACAAUCGACAUUAUGUCGUCCUAUUUGGAGAAAUAUCUUAGGAAAAUGGCUAAUGGAACAGGAAGACUGGAAUCCGAUGAGUCACAAUUCGUGUUGGCGGUGUUGAUAAAGCUCCUUGAAGUGCCGAUUCGAUUGAAACAAGACAAGAAAACUCUUCUAAAGCUUUUAUUAGCAACAAUGCGAGUCAGAAGGGAGCGUUUUAUCAUAGAACUCAUUGCUGAAGGUAUUGAACAACUGCUAUGUAGAUCCAACGAGUUCAAUGGAGAUGUUAUUAACUUUAUGCUAGCUGGAAUAGAAUCUGGUGAUCCCAUUCCGUUUCCAACUGACAAUGAGUACUACUGCCGUAUUGUAUACAGAAUACUGAUGGUGGCAGCAACAAGAGCAAAGGUGGCAAACGAUGAGAUGUCAAUGACGCGGAUCUAUAAAGCUUUGCAAAAACUAGGAUUCGAUUUGCUGAGUCAUGGAGAAACAGCACCAGCUAUUGCAAGAACACUCCCAUUCUUUUCUAUAUGCGUUAAUGGAGUUGAAAGCACAAUAACAAGAUACAUUGAAACUUUCAUGAUUAAUGGUGGUGAUACUGACGUCAGAUUUGUUGUUUCUUUGCUUAAUCAGAUUGUUGAAACUGCUGCAACAUCGAAGAAAUGGUCGGUGGAAUUGAAGUCUGUCAAAGAAAAAAUGCAAUCAAACGCCGGGUCGCUGGAUGAACAUAAUCAAAUGUUAUUGAACAUUUUAAAGAACAAAUUGAUAGAUUAA